AUGCAGGGUGGAGGUGCCCAGAGGGCACGCUUGGCAAGUUCCAAACGGGCAGGGAUUGGCAGUGGUCGCCAGGACGCAUUGUUGGAAAGCGAAGCGACUCACAAUGACUCUUCAGCGAAGAAUGCCUGCCAUCCUGACCCAGGCUGGUCCGAUAUGGAGCUGGUGGACGUCCACCGAGGCUUCGUGACCGACUCAAUCCAUCUCUUUGUGCUUUUCUACGCCAACCUCAUCGUCCUCUCAACACACCUCCCACAGGAAAUGCUCAAACUCCUCCCACUCCUCGCUGCCUUCUUCGCCCUCGCCAGGUUGAUUUACUGGGGGACGUCCGCCAUGAGCAGUACUUUCCGGGGCUUCGGAUACGGCCUCACCUUCUUCCCCAUCGUGGGCCUCCUGGUCGCCAACCUCUGCUACAUGUUCGUCCUGGGGCCCGACAAGAUGUUCGCCACCUCAGCCAGCGGGUCCGAAGGCCAGGAGGAGGCCUCGGGCCCACGCCAGAGAUUCUGGGGUUGAAGGUUCGAUCCUCGGAGAAUGGGCUCCUGUUGCCUUGGUCACUAUCGACUUGCCAGUUAUCAGACUCUUGUCUAGCUUAAUAACGGGUGUUUUGUUUAUUAUGGUUUAUUUUUCAGGCCUCCCCACCUCCCUUCCACCCCCACCUACAUCCUGUGUUUAUUCAGUUUCCAAUUCGACUGUAUUGAUAUUCUUUUUUAUACCUCCUCUGGCAGCCUCCCAGGAGAGACAAGGCGAAAUGAUGAAUAAAUUAAAAUGU